AUGGACACAUCAAGGGUCUACCUGAAUUUAAAGGCAUCCAGGACUCCAGGGACUCAGCAUGCAUCACCUUCCUCUCUCCCUCCAGAUGCCUGUCGGUGCCCACGCUCCCAUAGGUGGGCUCUGAAACUCAGCUGUGCUGGGCUCAUCCUUCUUCUCUUGGCCCUGAUUGGGAUGAGUGCUUUAGUGCGAGUGUUAAUACAAAAACCAUCAACAGGAAAAUGCACAGUGUGUAUUCAAGGGAACAUGGCUAACCCAACAGAGAGCCCAGCUAAGUUAAACUGCACAAAAGGCUGGCUUCUACACCGAGAUAAAUGCAUACAUUUUUCUCAAGGGAACAACAUGUGGAAGGAAGGUUUAGCUGACUGCUCUACAAAAGGGGCCACUUUACUGCUCAUUCGAGGCCAAGAAGAACUGAGAUUGCUAAAGGACUUGACAAAUGAAAAAGACAGUACAUUUUGGAUUGGACUAAGUUACAAAUUGUCAGACAAGAAUUGGAAGUGGAUAAACGGCUCUACUCUAAGUUCUGAUGUCUUACACAUCACUGGCGAAGCUAAAACAGACACCUGUGCCGCCAUUACAAAGGGCAGAGUGAUUUCUGAGGACUGUGCUUCAGAUAACAACUGGGUCUGCCAAAAGGAGCCAAAACUCAUCUCUGAGACCGUGUGCAAUGAUGCCUGACUGCAAAUCCCAUCUUCAUUACUCCACCGUCCACACCAGAUCUCUGCACUCAAUCUGCCUGGGCCGU